AUGUGUUAUUGUUGUUGUUAUCGCAUGCGGGAGCAGGCGGCGGACCGAGCCCGCAGCCGACCAUCAGCUCUGCCGGAGCCACGUAUUGAGACGGCAUCUAUGGCGUCAGGCAGUGAGGCGGGUUUCGGAGCCCUUGGUGGCGGCGGCGGUACGGCAGUCCGAGCUCACGGCGGCGACAUGCGUUCCGUGCUGGAGGAGCUCGGCCUGGCCACCCUGGCUGCCCGCUUCGAGGCGGAGGACAUUUCUCCGGGCUUGCUGCCGUACCUGGACGAUACGGCACUGCGGGAGCUGGGGGCCACGUCUGUGGGUGCCCGGCUCAAACUGAGAAUCGCGGCACAGGCCCUGUUCCUGGGCUGA